CAGAACCGCAAGAAGGGAGGGGCAGCUGGAUUCAUCUCAUCUCGGACAGUCAGUCAGUCUGUUAGUCUGCUGAGAGAAGCCACGGAGCUGCAGUUCCUUCACCAUUCAGCAAAAGAGUGAGAAGAAUGGGAGCAAAGUUGAGUCGGAGAAAGAGUGAAUGUGCUGCAGGAGCAGAGGGAGUGGUAGCGGAGGGUCCAGUCGCAGAGCAGCCUGAAACAGCAGAGGCUUUAGCCAAGACUGAGACCAAUGAGCAGAAACCUGAAGAAGCUGAGAAUGCAGCGGAGCCCAAGGCCUCAGAAAAUGCUCCUGCUGUGGAUACAGCACCCAGCGAGCAAUCCUCUAGUCUUGGAGCUGUGGAGACCAUCACACAAGCUGUAGAGGAAAUAGUGAGCUCUGUAAGCGAACAAAUUGCUGGCCCGGUUGAAGAUCUUGUAAACAAGGGCAUGGGAGCAGUGGAAGCCAUGAUGGCAGCAGUCAGUGUGAAGGAUGACCCCACAGAGCCAGCUACAGAACCCAAAGCUGAGCCCCUGGUAGAUCUUUCACAGGAGGUUACACCCAAAAUUGAUCUCUCCAACCCAGAACCUCCCGAAGAACCUGCAAACUUGCCAUCCGAACCUUCAACCCUGGAUGAGCUGCUAUUGUCGCAGCCUAACGCAGAGAGCCUCCUUCCAGAGACUGUUUCUGCAGCAGUGGCUAAAGACAUUUUAUCUGUGGCAGUGGAGGACCUAGGCAUCCCCAUUCAAAAUGAUGCUCAGGCACCAUCUGAGAGUGAGGAACCACUGGUGUGCAUGAAACAGGAUGCAGCACCAGCAGAAGACCUUCUGAACUGUGAAGCUGGCGCUGACCCCACAACUCUGAACUCUGAUUCAUUGGUUGACUUGGGAGACAUGGAGCAGGCGCUGAGUACGGCUGUCAACACUGUCAAUGACCUAAUAUAAAACACAUGGACAUGCUCUGAGUAAACGACUGUUACAGGGACAAGCACUUCAUACCUAGACAACAAUCUAGAUAGUGAAGAAGUGUGCCUGAAUAAUAAAGUGAGGUUUUUUGUUUAAGACCCUAUGUUCUCUGAAACCACUGAUAAUGUAACAGAAAUGAAAUGUAUUAACUACAUAUGCAAGCUCCAGCAUCAAUCACCUCAGAAGCAUAAUGAAUAUUAGUCAUAUAAACAUGAAACAAACUCAUAUUUUAAAAUGUUAGCUGAAAGGGUGUUGUAGUAACAUGUCUUUCUAUUCUGAGUAUGUAACAAUCAAGUGGCCUUAAAUGUGACCUGUCAUAACCAGGCAUAAAGUAAUAUCAUGCUAAAGCAAUGAGAGCAAAUGGAAAAAAUAAAGUGGGAUGAAUCACAAAAUCUUCACUAGUAAUCUCUUUUAUAAACCUACAAUGCCUUUAUGAUAUUUUAGCCUGAAACUAGUUUAACAUAGUUGCCAUACUUCAUUAAAGAGAUCAGAAUCAA